AUGAUCCUCCGCCCAUUCCUUGUAGGGACCGCUGUCGCCCUAGGCGCCAAUGCCUUCCUACUUGUCCCUGAAGCCGAAGUCGAGGCCGAGAUUAUCACUCCUCAGGAUGAUCUGAGUCUCCGUCCCUUGGAGGCUGUUGCAUCCAGCCAGCAUGAGGUGAUUCUGGGCUGUACAGAAUGUCCCUUCCGGGAAGUGGGCGAGAAUGGGAAGGUAGGCUGGACUGAUGGCUUCGACACUUCUCUGUCCUUGAAAUUUUCCGUUGAAAAUGGAUUCCUUUUGGCGAACGGGCGCCCAAUUUUCCCUCCUCCUCCCCCAACACACCUGACAGCCAUCCAACGUCGACUGUCGGAUGGCGCGGAGUCGGGCCCUAUCGAGUUAGGCUAUGCAGUUGAAAUGAUGCCGAUACCCACUCCUCCCGACGAGCCUAUGGAUAUGGUCUCUGUUCGGUUCACCAUCCUAGACCUGGAGAGCCAUCCCGUUCCCAUUGACACCGUUGCCCUCCACCUGAUCCAUGACUCUGCCGCCAACCUUUAUCUGGCGGGUGUUAACAUUGAAGAGACGGCUCCUUCUCGCGUGUCAUGGAGGCAGUGCCAUGGGAGAGCGAAGUGUUUGAGAAGACUCCUGUUCGCACGGAUUCGCUCUAUGUUUGCCGCGGCCAAGAUGCGCUUGUUGGGACUGCGAGCUGGGUCGGACUGCGGAGCUGGAUCCCGUGGACUUGGACAUCCUCACCAUGGUUCCCACCACGAUGGAUUCUCUGGUCCGCACUCUACCUGGACUGAGGGUGAUAUGGAGCGCCCUCCCCGCCCUCCUCAUCACCACCAUAUGCACCUUGGCCACUGGGAGCGCACUCUCUCCCGUGUCGUUCGUUUUAUCGUAAUUCCAGCCGUUCUGGGCGUCUUGGCCGGACUGGCCGCCAGUGCCUUGGGUAUGCUGGUUGGCCAGAUCGUUGUGUUCCUAUGGCAACGCUUCCGCCGCUCCAGCCCCAAGAAAUCUGAAGAACAGGGAACUGGAAUCGAAAAGCAAGGUUUGAUGACUGAUUCCACUGAUGAUCUUCCGCCUGCCUACACCGACGAGGAGGCCUUGCCUGAGGUUGUGUCUGCGGACAACAACUAA